AAAAUAUUUUGGCUAAAUAAGACUAAGUCAAGAGCUGACAUUUUUUACAAUCUAUCAAAUCUUCUUUUAAACAGGGAAGCAAGACAAUGAGAGAUUCUCCAAAUUGCAUCCCUCUUUCUUUAAUAGAACCUGCAAAAAAUGAUUCUAUCUGCAUUUUUGGAACUGGAGAUUUUGGACGAUCUCUUGGACUUAAGAUGCUUCAAUGUGGCUAUAGUGUUGUUUUUGGGAGUAGAAACCCUAAAUCUUCCAAUCUGACCCCCAAAGGUGCUGAGGUCUUGAGCCACACAGAGGCUGCACAAAAGUCAUCCAUUAUAAUUUUAGCAGUACACAGAGAACAUUAUUCAUUUCUCAAGAACUUAACUGAAAUCUUAGAGGGCAAAGUCUUGGUGGAUGUCAGCAACAACCUCAAAAUAAAUCAGUAUACAGAAUCAAAUGCAGAAUUUCUUGCCAGCAUAGUACCUGGAGCUAACGUAGUAAAGGCUUUUAACACAGUUUCUGCAUGGGCUCUGCAAUCUGGGACCUUAGAUGCAAGCAGACAGGUGUUUGUCUGUGGUGAUGAUGCUAAAUCAAAGCAAAUGGUGAUGGAUAUUGUUCGUGCUCUUAGUCUUACACCACUAGACCAAGGAUCUCUUUUAGCAGCCAAUGAUGUGGAGAAUUAUCCAUUGCAGUUAUUCCCAAUGUGGAGACUACCAUUCUAUAUCUGUGCUGGGUUUACUAUAUUUGUUUUCCUUUACUGCGUACUAACCGAAGUGAUAUAUCCAUACGUUACAAGGAAAGAAGACACCUUGUUCUACCUGGCAAUUUCCAUUCCAAACAGAGUAUUCCCAAUUGUGUCACUGAUUCUUCUUGCCUUAGUUUACCUUCCAGGAAUAAUUGCUGCUAUUCUUCAGCUAUACAGAGGUACCAAAUACAGCCGUUUUCCAGACUGGCUUGACAAAUGGAUGCUCUGCCGAAAGCAGCUUGGUCUGGUAGCUCUGGCUUACGCAUUUCUACACGCCAUCUACACGCUUGUCAUUCCAAUCCGUUAUUAUGUAAGAUGGUGGAAUAACAACUACAUCAUUACACAGGUUAAAACCAAUACCACAUAUCCCUUUGUUAAUUACUAUGCGUGGGUUUCUGAUUCUUACGUCGCUCUUGGAAUUCUGGGAUUUUUCUUUUAUUUGCUUUUAGGCAUAACAUCAUUGCCAUCAGUAAGCAAUGCAGUCAACUGGAGAGAAUUUCGCUUUGUGCAGUCAAAACUGGGAUAUUUGACACUGGUGUUGUGUACAGCUCAUACUCUACUCUAUGGAGGAGACAGAUUUAUCUAUGGACCUUACUACACUUGGUAUCUUCCCCCUGCAUUUGUUAUAGCUCUGAUUAUUCCAUGUGCUGUAUUAGUUAUGAAGUUCAUAACUAUAGUUCCAUGUCUGGAUUCAAGAAUUACAAAAAUUCGUCAAGGAUGGGAAAGGAAUCCUAAGAGCCAAGAAGAACUAAAUGCAAUAUAGACAAAGAGAUACCAUUUAAUAUUAACAAAAAGUAACUUUAAAUUACACCAAAAUUUGGUGUUUAAGCUUCUGAAACAAUUGUUGGUAUUGUAUUGGAGGUAUAUUAAACAAUCCAAAUAUAAUAA